ACAGCUCGGUAGUAUCAUCGUCAGUAGACGAUGACCGCUCGCUGCUAGCGGAUCGUUCUUAUUCGGCAAACGUGUUUUACCUGAAACGUUGAUUACUAUCAAACAAACGAACAAACAAACAUGUGUCGUUUGUAUUUAAUAAAUACAUUUUUAUUAGUCUGGCUGUUCGCAUCGUUACCAAAUUUGAGUAUACAAUUGCAUUCAUUUUCUGGUGCAUGGGUUAUACCGACCGAAGGUGAAAUUUGGCCGAUGCCGAAUCAGAGAAUCGUUCGAAAGGAAUUUUAUCUUUUAAGACCGUCGACCUUUCAAAUUCGAGCAGAAACUGAAAAUUGCGAUAUAAUCAACGAAGCUAUCGAAAGAUACAAGGGUAUAAUUCUAACCGAUGCAAGAAUAGGUAGAAUCGUUAGCGAAGGACAUCCUAGAACAUCUGCACGAAACGAUGCAUUCUUCAAGGGUACAUUAACGAGCUUGGAGAUUCAAUUAAACAAUCCUUGCCAACAUAACGGCGAAUAUUGGCCACAUUUGUUCAUGAACGAGAGUUACAUACUUGAAAUAAACGAAAUAUCAACCAAUGCUAGUCUCAUAGCUGACUCCGUUUGGGGAAUACUUCGAGGUCUUGAAACCUUUUCACAAAUCCUCGUACCAUCUGGAGACGGUCCUAUCUUGAAGUUACAAUGUCAGACGAUCGUGGAUACACCGAAAUUACGACACAGAGGUAUUCUUUUGGAUACGUCUCGUCAUUAUUUACCAGUAUCCGACAUACUUCUUACAUUGGAUGCAAUGUCCUACAACAAGCUAAACGUUUUACAUUGGCACAUAGUAGACGACAAUAGUUUCCCUUACCAAAGCUUUAAGUAUCCAGAUUUAUCAGCUAAAGGUGCUUAUCAUUCUACCAUGGUUUACACGUCCAAUGAUGUACAAAGAAUUAUUACUUAUGCGAGAUUACGUGGGAUUCGUGUUAUAUCAGAGUUUGAUACACCUGGACACGUAGCAGCUUGGGGUUUAAGUUAUCCGGAACUUCUCACAAAGUGUUAUGAUUCUACUGGUAAUCCGAAUGGUAAACUUGGACCGAUCAAUCCAACAAAACCAGAGGUUUACGAAUUCAUGAGAAAUUUAUUUUCCGAGAUAGUUGAGAUAUUUCCAGAUAAUUACGUUCAUCUCGGUGGCGACGAAGUACCUUUCGAUUGUUGGAGUAGCAAUCCCGAGAUAAAAUCAUAUAUGCAAGCUCACAAUAUGUCGAAGAAUUACGCCUUAUUAGAAGGAAAGUACAUUACCAAAUUAUUAGAGAUCACUAGCAGGUUGGGUGCCAAUUCCAUCGUAUGGCAAGAGGUUUUCGAUAACGGCGUAAAUCUUCCCAAUACCACGGUAGUACACGUGUGGACCGGACGCUGGCAGAACGAGUUAGAAAGGGCAACAAAAGCCGGACAUCCGGUUUUGCUAUCGGCUUGUUGGUAUCUCGAUCACAUAAGCAAUGGAGGCGAUUGGAAAAAGUAUUACACGUGCGAUCCUUUAGGAUUUCCGGCACCGCCCGAAGUCGACUUGAGGGAUUUGAUGUUGGGAGGUGAAGCUUGUAUGUGGGGCGAGUUUGUGGACAGGAAUAACAUUCAUCCAAGAAUUUGGCCACGGGCUAGUGCCGCAGCCGAACGUUUGUGGAGCGAACAAGCGGAAAGUUUGACUGAAGCAUCGAGACGCCUCGAAGAACACGCCUGUCGUAUGAACAGACGGGGUAUACCAGCCCAGCCACCGAACGGACCAGGAUUUUGUGUUCUUUGAUUAGCCACAAGCCUAACUUUAUACUCGAAAGUUUCAUCGACAUUUAUUCGUCAUUGGAAAAAUGAAAAUAGCAUCAUGUAGGGGCAACAUUUUCCUCUCUAUUCGCAUUUUUUCAUACCUAUUUUUAAAUAAAGUAAAUAAUUCAAGAAUCUUAAAUUUAUAUAUAUAAGCGAUAUAAUAAUUUACAUUUCUUUACGAGUGUGUCACGUCUUUAAGGUAGGAACAAUUACUGUUCCAAGCGAAUAACAACUGACUCUCACUGUAGUCAUGACAAUGAAAAAAUAAACAGUCUUCGCAAAA